CAUGAAGGUGUGCCAACCCUCGAGAAGUAACCCAUGUGCCAUCCAAUCCUCUCCAAGUGUGAAAGAACAUGAAGAGGAUGAGGAGGAAAGUGAUGAUGAAUUGGCCAAAUCUGAAGCAAAUGAGGAGGAUGAGACUGAUCUUGAUUUGUCCAGAAAUUGCUGGAUCAGGCGAGGCAAUUGUUGAUAAGAGUUAUGGCUGAAGUUGCCUAUAGUUGGCCUUCUUUUCUAUCGAUCAUGGAACAACAUAGGGCCUCCAUGUUCAGAUAUCAAAAUUGAAAAAAAC